AUGGCAGACAACAACGCCCACCCCGGGGUCCGAAGCCUGCUGGCCAAGUUCGAGAAUGGCGAGAGCCCCGUCACUUCCCCGCCGUCGCGUGGAAGGUCUCCUGUCGGCUCCGGUACCCCAGGAUCGACCAGACAGCUUUCUAGGGUCCGUGCUAGCUUCGUCACUGUCGAUGGUGUCAUUCAAUCGAACCCGGGUUCGCCGCUGAGGAAGACAAGUGGGCGCAGUGAUAGCCCUGGCAUUUUUGGCCCACAAAUCAACGCAGACGAAGUUGAAGCGCGUCGGCAGAACGUGAUCUCUCCAACUCCGGCUGGUAGUGUCGGCAAUUCUCAGACCGGCGUUCUCGAUCAGGCUAUAAUUGAACCCCGGUCAGAGCAAGCUCCAGCAAGAACAGCCGGACCGAAGGAGGACAGCAAAGCUGAGGCUACACGUCCCGCAGAGACUGCUGCCCCACCAAAGGAGCCGGCGUCUGUGAAGAAGGAGGAGACUGCUUCAAGUGCACCCAAGCCAAGGGGCUCUGGGGUUCCUGCGGAAAAACCAGCGCAGAAGACGGUCACCAAGCGACCCUCUAACAUCCACGCUACGAAGUCUAAUGCGACGACCAAGCCCGCAACUACGCCCUCAAAGUCACCUGCCAACACCACCACCGGUAAGCCUUCGGCCCGUGAUGUGGCCAAGGAGCGAUCCGAUGCUCUUGCUCGCAAGCCGAGUCGCGCUUCUUUGAAUCCCGCUGGGCGAACUGCGACCCGGACAACUCGUGGCGCAACCCCCUCUCAAGAUACCCAGAAGACGUCUCCCACGGACUCCCAGGGAGGCAAGCCUCGAACGAAAUCCCCCACCAGGCCCGUUCGACUACCCGCAUCGGCAACAGCGCCGACUCAAGCAUCUUCAGCCAAACUAGGGACUCAAGGCCCAUCGAGCCCGGCUGGUCGAACCAGCACUGCUACCUCGACAUUGACAAGGAAGCCUUCGACUCUCAAGAGCGCCACUGGCGCAGGCCAAACGCGGACAACCAAUGGCACCACCGUGCGCCGCCAGUCUUCUCGUCCCUCCCUUCCCACACAGCCGGCGCAAGAGCGGCCUAGCUCUCGCACCAGCGAUGCCGACUCCAAGCCAGCAGAUGGAUUCCUGGCUCGGAUGAUGCGACCUACUGAGAGUUCUAGGAGCAAGACCCAUGAUAGGCCUGAGGCCAAAGCUCCUCCGAAGGCCAGCACCACGACAGCCAAGGCACCUAGAUCGUCAAUGGGAAGAGCUCCGGAGCGCAGUGCAACCCAGGCUAAGGCCAAGGCUGCUCCUCUGCAGCCCCAGAAGGAAAAAUCCCAAGCUCCCAGCAAGGAACCCAAGCCGCAAAAGGAAGAAGUAAAGCCUACCCAAACGGAGCAGGAGAGUGAAAAGGAGAACAUUGAAGAAUCCACUCCGACAAUCCCUGAAGAGCCAGACGCCGAGGAGCCCAAGGAGACUGUUGUUGAACUACCAAAGCCCGAAGUCUCCGCUGCUGCGGUCAAUGACCAGAUUACCAACAAGCAGGUUGAGACAGCCAAGCCUGAAGUCGCCAUUGAACUUACUCAGGAGUCAGUUGCCAAGCAGUCUGAGCCAGUUUCUGAGGAGACUGUCACCAAGGAUGUUCCCAAGGCUCCAUCCAAGCCCGUCGAAGAGGCAAAGGCAGUUGAAGACCCUGCUGAGCUGAAAGAUGAAGCUCCCAAGGGGACACCCGUAGUGUCCGAUGUGAAGAAGGUCAAGGAUGCUCCGGCUGAAGAUGUAGCGCAAGCCAAUGACGUGAAGCUCUCUUCUGAGGCUCAAAUUGAGGAGCCCAAGGAAGAGACUAAGGAAGCCCUCGUCGACACUGCUGUGGAGAAGGCCCCUAUUGCCGGUCAGGAGACGCAGAAGUCCGAGCCGGAGGUACCAGAAAUCUCAGAGCCAUCCAAGUCACUGGAAAAGGUUUCUGAUGAAGUUGCUCCCAAGGUUGCGGAAGAUACCACCAUCCCUGAAGCUUCUGCAAAGGCUUCCGAGGUUGCCAGAGACGUCACUGUUCCUGAACCCUCUGUCGAGUCCGAGGAGCCAGCCACCAAGGAUUCUGUCCCAGCUGGGCAGACCACCACGCAGACCAAGUCAGACACCGUUGACAUCGAAUUUGCCACCCUGAACCUGAGCUAA